AUGGGAACAACUACACAACCAUCUAAUAUAGAGGUUACAACAGCUACAGAAUGUGUUAAAGAAAACGUUGUACUAGGCGAGUCUAAUAUUGAUACAAAUAACCCGUUGGCACCCUUGUCCACAAGCGACAAAGAUGCACUGCAAGAGAAAGACGAUAACAAGUUUGUUGAGACAAAUGAAUCUAUUAUGGUUCUGUUGAUUGACGGUUUAGACGAAGAAGUAAAUGGUGUAACAGUUUCUGGUGAUGGCAUUGCUACUAUUACCGUGAAGUAUAAUCUUCCAGAUAAUCCAGAGUUUAUAACUGUUCAGGCCCCAAAUGUACAGCCGGGUGAAGAAAUCCCAUUGGAAUCGAGAAAGUACAACGUUAUAAGAAUAACAGUCACAAAACAAUCCGGCAGCAGUAGUAUUCGUUUAGACAGUGUAGAACUUUUUACUUGUGAGGUAGGAUCGCCAGGAGCGAGGGGAGACGAAGGACCAACGGGACCAAAAGGACCAAAAGGAGACUUGGGGGAUAAAGGUAGUACCGGAGAUCAAGGAGCCUUCGGAGUUGCCGGAGGUAACGGAGGACCAGGACCAUUGGGACCACAAGGAGAUCCAGGCCCUCAGGGAGACCAAGGAGAUCCCGGAACAGUCCCCGGUAAAAAAGGAGAAAUUGGCUUUAUCGGUAUGUAA